UAUUUUACAGGAACUGAUUCCAGAGUUGGCCUAGGUUUUCGUCUUGGAGAACAUGCAGAUUUUCAGAUUAUCUUUGAAUUAGGUCCACAAAUCGAGACUGAUUCAAUAGGUACAUCCAACGAUGCUAAAAAGCGAAGAGAUGUAAUGUUCAAUGCCGCAAUAAAAGGAGAGCUAGGACCAUUGGCACAAGCGACGGCCAAAUAUCAAAUAGAACGUAGAAUUCAGAAGGAAAUGGAUAAACUCAAAGCAAUAGAGGAGAAACUUAAAAAGAUUCAAACGGAGAACAUAAAAAAUCAAGAUGACCAACUUUCGAUUUUCUAAUUGUGACGUCGCAUGAUGUUUAAGCAUGGUAUCUUUAUUUGGAGAUUCGCCACGAUACACCCACAUAGAUGCUUCGUCGCAGUAUCGAUUU